AUGGUAGCAGACCUGGAGACUCUCCCUCGACUGGGAAUGAUCGAGUCGGCAUUUCCUACCUUGCUUCAACUGGCAAGUCAUAUUCCAUUACCCUAUUUCCGAGAUGCAAUGCAAGCUGGAAACAGAAUCGCAGUAUAUGCAGAUCAAUUGAUUAUGGCAUAUAGGGACUCGGCGACUAGAGCUCCAUCCAACCUGAAGCCCACACUUUUCACAAAAUUGUUUCAUGUCCGCUGUGAUGAUUUGUCAGAUAUCAACAUUGCAAGUGAAGCCCAGGGGUACAUUGCAGUUUGUCGCAAUGAUGAGAUCCAGAAGGCCCUGGUGCGGGAACUUGACACUCUUCCCUCUAGCUUUGGCGACGAUGAGCUUAAGAAAUUACAAUUCCUGAAUCAUGUCGUGAAUGGAUCACUGCUCCUAUAUGCUACAAAUCCGUCAAGCAGACCGCGCAAUCCCCCUUCUCCCGGAGCUGACCUUGGUGACCACUGGAUUCCCAGUGGUGUUACCGUCUCCACACAAGCUUAUAGCCUGCACCGGGAUUCUUCUGUUUUCCCUGAUCCUGAAAGUUUCAAUCCAUGGCGUUGGGCUUCAACAACAAAAGAGAUGAAACGUGCUUUUAUGCCGUUUGGAUUGCAUCUUGCCAUAUGGGAGAUUCGCCUAGGUGCGGCGUAUUUUUUCCGCGCAUUCCCCGACGCAAGGAUGUCAACUCGAGACAAUAUGAGCGACUUUGACAUGCAACAAGUCUGCUAUUUUAUUAUAUCCCCUCAAGGAAAGCGGUGCCUCAUAGAAUCGAUGCCUAAAGCCUAG